CGUUUCUCUCGAAGGCCCGCUGCUCUGUGAAUCACAGGGUCAGCGGCAUCCGCCGGCUGCUGCAGCCGUUCGUGCUCCGGCCUCAAGCUGCGGUGGGAGCUGCGUGAAAACAGGCCACAGCCUGCGAAUAAGCUGCUGACGAUGACUGGCAACACGCAGCAGCUCACCACAGGCCUCCAUGUGAAGAUCAUACGCACUCCUAUGUGUCUGUAUCUUGCAUCAGUCGUUUCGCUGACUCAUGCGUUUCCACAGCCCACAUCCUUUGUCAGAAAUUUUAAAGGCGGGGGUUCACAUCGAGGUGGGCUUCUGUGCAUUUCACCAUCGCAUCAAAGAGCAAAGACAGAAUGUUUGGCCUCUCUGCUUUGAUCUCUUACACUCUCCUCCUCAGUGUCCAGUCCAGUUCUGGAUCUGAGAUCAUUGGUGGGAGAGAGGUGGCGCCCCACUCCAUGCCGUUCAUGGCUCUGCUGGAGAGUAAGGACUCAACCUGUGGAGGGAUACUGAUCCAUCAGUCAUGGGUGCUGACGGCCGCCCACUGUAAAGACAUUAAGACGGUCUUGCUGGGCGUCCACUCCAUCAAAUCAAAGGAAAAUGAGAAAGGUUCCAGGCAGGUUCGGACGGUUAAGAAGAGUUUUCCUCAUCCCUGCUUUGACCAAACGGAAAAGACCAAUGAUCUCAUGCUGCUAAAGCUUGCCAAAUCAGUGAAACAGACUCAGACGGUGAAGUGGCUGAAGCUGGGGAACAGCGUCCAGGACCCCAAAGGCGGCAGCGUGUGCGUGGUGGCCGGGUGGGGCAAGAAGAGCAACACCGCCCGCCAGGGGUCCGACGUCCUGAUGUCUGCCAACGUGACGGUCAUCGACAGGCUCAAGUGCAACUCUCCUCAGCACUACAACCUCAAGCCCUUCAUCAGCAGCGGGAUGGUGUGUGCCGGCGCCGACCGCUCCAACAGCGCCGACACCUGCCAGGGCGACUCCGGAGGCCCCCUGCUGUGCAACGGAGAGCUGGUUGGAGUCACUUCCUUUGGCCGACGCUGUGGACUGGUUCAGUUUCCGGGAGUCUACACGCUGCUCACACCAAAACAGCUGAACUGGAUCAGAAAGACUAUGUCAAACCCCAAAUAUGAACCACAUCCUUUGAGCAGAAUGUUUAAAAGCAAGGGUGAAGGUCGGAGUGGGCUUCUGUCUCAUUCGCCAUCGCGACGGAGAAAGAAGAGAAGAAGAAACAUGUUUGGUCCAACGGGUUUCAGCGCUUUCAUUUCUUGCAUCAUUAUCCUCAGUGUCCGUCUUAGUUCUGGAUCUGAGAUCAUUGGUGGGAAAGAGGUGAAGCCCCACUCCAUGCCGUUCAUGGCUCUGCUGGGGAGUAAGAGACCAACCUGUGGAGGGAUACUGAUCCAGCCGUCAUGGGUGCUGACGGCCGCCCACUGUAAUCAAACUAAGAAGGUCUGGCUGGGCGUCCACUCCAUCAAAUCACAAAAAGAAAGUUCAACACAGGUCCGAGAGGUUAAAAAAAGUUUUCCUCAUCCAAAGUAUGAAGAGAAAAAUCUUCUCCAUGAUCUCAUGUUGCUAAAGCUUGACAAACCUGUGGAGAAAACCAAGACCGUGAAUUGGCUGAAGCUGGGCAAAAAAGUCAAAGAUCCAAAAGCUGGUACCAUCUGUGUAGCGGCAGGAUGGGGACAAAGUAACAACAAUAUAAAGAAAAUGUCAGACGUCCUAAUGUCCGUCAAGGUGCCUGUGAUCAACAGGAAGACAUGCAACUCUCUUUACAACAGGAACCCCCCCAUCACCGACAGCAUGGUGUGUGCUGGCAAAGACGAGGCUGACACCUGUAAGGGGGAUUCUGGAGGCCCCCUGCUGGUCAAAGGUGCGCUGGUUGGCAUCACUUCGUUUGGUGGCAAAGAGUGUGGCAACAGUACACGUCCUGGGGUGUACACCUUCCUCACAGCUGAGCAUCUUGGUUGGAUCAAUAAUGUAAUGAAGUCUUAAAUGCAAUGAAUUAAAGUCACCGCUUUGCUUUAUUUUUAAGGUCAUUUUUAAUUGUGUGAGAGCAGCGUUCCAAUUAAAGACUCAGCAUUUUC